AUAACAACUUUUCGUGUAAAGGUAGUAAGAUCGUUAUAACUUCAGCUGUAAGACAGUAAAUUGUCUUCAGUUGAGUUAGGGAAGUGAGGCUCGAUAGUGCUAAAGCUAAAAAUCUCUAAACUAUCCUAUUGUUUUAUUAAAGUGACAUCUUUUUUGUUUUUUAAAAAUGCGGACUAACAAUGAAAAGAAGGCGACACUCGCUUUUGAUAAUUUGACAUAUGAGCCGGAAAUUUUAGACAACAACAGUGUAAUGAAAAUACAGUCGAACAUCAAUUUGGAAAGUGGGGAUAAAAAGGAUGUCAACAAGAAAGCUGAGGAACCAAAGAAAGCAAGUUGGAACAAUAGCAUUGAAUUUUUAAUGUCAUGUGUUGCAUUAUCAGUUGGUUUUGGAAAUAUUUGGCGAUUUCCAUUCACUGCCUAUGAAAAUGGAGGAGGAGCAUUUCUAAUACCCUAUGUUAUUUUACUGAUUCUCGUGGGCAAACCUUUCUAUUAUCUCGAGAUGAUCAUUGGUCAAUUCUCCGGAAAUUCGUCCAUCAAAGUUUGGAAAAUAUCCCCUGGAUUUGCAGGUGUUGGUUGGGCGCAGCUAAGCUCGAAUAUAGCAUUGUCAACCUACUAUUGCUCUCUUAUGGCCCUAACACUUUUUUAUUUAAUCGUCUCCUUCUCCGCGGAAUUGCCAUGGUCAAAAUGCCAAAAAGAAUGGGGAGAUAAUUGCAUUGAUUCCGGUGCAUCGAGACACUCUAAUCACAGCACUUUUCUAAACUCCAGGACAGAAGGAGUCAGAAGUUCUGCCGAACUUUAUUUUACAAAAGAAGUCCUAAAAGAAACGGCUUCAAUUGACAAUGGAAUUGGAAUUCCAAAUUGGAAACUGGUACUCUGUCUACUAGGCAGUUGGGUGACUAUUUGCUUGGUUCUAUCAAAAGGACUAAAAAGUUCAGGAAGAGCUUCGUAUUUUUUGGCAAUUUUUCCCUAUGUUAUUCUCAUUGCUCUGCUUGUGCGAGCCGUAACUUUGGAAAAUGCCUUGCAAGGAAUUUUAUUUUUCAUCAAACCCGAGUGGAGUAAACUUUUGGAACCAAAAGUUUGGUAUGCUGCUGUGACUCAAUGCUUCUUUUCCCUUUCGGUGUGUUUUGGUGCCAUUAUAACUUAUUCGUCACACAAUUCCUUCAGGCACAACAUUUACAGGGAUGUUAUCAUCAUCACUACUCUAGACACAAUAACAAGUAUGAUUGCGGGUUGUACAAUAUUUGGAAUUUUGGGAAAUCUAGCCUAUGAGAUGGGAACUGAUGACAUAAAAUCAGUGGUUCGUGCUGGCACUGGUUUAGCCUUUGUCUCCUAUCCUGACGCAAUUGCCAAAUUCUCCUUCGUACCACAGGUCUUUUCCGUUCUCUUUUUUGUAAUGAUGUUCGUAUUGGGUGUUGGAAGUUGCGUUGGUAUGACAACAAGUAUCAUAAAUUGCAUCAGAGAACAAUAUCCAAGAUUAAAAUUCUGGCAAAUUCUGUACCCAUUCUGUACAUUUGGAUUUUUAGUUGGUCUCGUGUAUGUAACGCCGGGUGGACAAUUUAUUCUGAAUUUGGUCGAUCAUUACGGUACAUCAUUUGUUGUGUUUAUAUUGGCAACUUUUGAAAUUAUGGGUACAAUUUGGGUUUAUGGUUUGGAGAAUUUCUUGGAUGACGUUGAAUUCAUGUUGAACCAAGAGCCAAGUAUUUAUUGGAGAUUGUGUUGGUUCAUAAUAACUCCAUUUACCUUAAUUGUAAUAUUUUUCUAUACUGUGAUAAUGAUGCAACCAUUAACUUAUGGUGGUGUCCCAUAUCCUACUUCAGCCCACGUAGCCGGAUAUAUGUUACUAGCUUUCGGUGUUUUGCAAAUACCAUUUUGGAUGAUGGUGGCUUUAAUUAAGAACAGAAGAUUGCCCUCUUUACAGAUGAUCUCCAAAGCCUUUGCUCCAUCCUCGGAUUGGGGACCAAGGGAAGAAAGGGAUCGUCAAGAAUGGCUAAUUUUCAAGGAAAAUAAAGAAAAAUUAAGAUCCAUGAGGACGGAAUCUCGUACUAUGCAAAUUAUUCAUACUUUAUUUAAACAAAAAUCAAACUAACAUUGAACAAAAUGUGACUUUGCCAAUAAUGUUAAUCUUGUAAAUAGUAGUUGUAGUUAAUAUUUUUAUUGCUAAGGAUAACCAAAAAGAUAGAAAUUAUACUUGUUAGUGAGUUACUGAUAUUUAUUUUUUUU